AUGACUCGAAGGAGCCCCCAAUCUAUCUCCCUUGCCGAGUCUGAUGACUCAGUAAGUUCGUACGAAGAUGAUAGUGUGUUUGACAGCGACGACGAUCACACUUCAGACAUAGAUACCAAUCUCAGCGAUGCCAGCGAUGUUGACCUCGAACUGGACGAUGCACAAUGUCUUCCAGGUGGAAGUGAUCUGCCACCGGAAUUCUUUCUCCUUAUGCAAGAUAACUUCAAGGAAGAGGACGCAGAUGACACUGCGUAUGCUGAUGGCACAACGCGACAACUUGAUGCAAUUGAGCGUCGGUGGAAUACUUAUUGCAAGUACACGAAACAAGACCCUAAAUACUGCAUGCAUCAUAUCUCCUUAAGUAAGAUUAAUGCAUUCUUUCACUGGCUUUUUGCCCAAAAAACUGGGGCUGGGGAAAGGAGGCUCCCUGGUAUAAGGUCUUCCCACACCCUUAAGCAGUAUUGGAAGGAGUUUCGACUUGUAUACGAGAGAGAGACUAAGAAAAAGAUUGACCCUGUUCUAAACCGGAGAAUGCGCAGGAUCCUUCGAAAACUCGUUGUCGACCACGAUUUAACAGGAGAGCGACGCGAAAACCGAUGCAUGGCUAUCGAGGACCUUGAGCGGCAAGCAGAGACAACUAUUAGUACGACUAAACAGAGGUUCCACAUUGGCGAGCACCGCAUCUACGCUCUUUUGUUCCUUCUUCUCAUCGCACCAAGUGGCUCUAGACCUAGAGCACUCCUUUUCUUAAGAUUUGGCGACCUCGAGCUUUCUUUGGCGCGUGAUCCUCAAGGCGGCCCGCACCGUAUUCUUAUUCGUUUCAGACUUCGCUUCACGAAGACCUUCCUUGGAGAAAAAGAAACCAACAUCUUGACUCUUCCCGAGACUAUCUUUGACUCGAGCUUGUUACUCAGUCCACAUACCCUUCUUCUAGGUCUUUUAUUCCAUCAUGAGGCUUUUGAUGCGCCGACUCUUACUUCUCCUGAGCAUUUGAGCAAGCUUGAUAUCCACCCCGACGAGCACGAGUUACCCCUACCACUCAAGCAGAGUAUGAAUGACAUAUUCGUCUUUCGCAGGGCCACUAAGACAGGCAUGAACGCGUACAUAUUGUCUGCAAACGAACAGAUUACGUAUAAUAUGAUUUCCGGUUGGACAAAGAAGCUUGGCGAAUUAGCUGGGUUUGGCGUUGUUGUGAUCUUGUAUACGCUCCGUUACAACGCAGGAAACGAGUUUGACCAAUGCUCGAAUAUCAGCGAUGGACUUCGCAACCUUAUGCUUCAACACGCCAACUCUAGGACUUUCGAGAAGCAUUACCUCGGCCGUGUCGUACCUGUGGAUACUAUGGCUGUUGUAAGCCAUAAAGAGCAGCAAAAAGCGCUGAUGCGUCAAGCCUGCAGUAUCGGGUACUCAGCCAGCAAGCGACGGCCUACCCAUCUCACUGCUGAGCAGUCUGCGAGCAUUAAUGAUGAUCCCAAGAUUCAGGAUCUCUUUCGACAACGAGAAUACCUACUUUCUAAUGGCAACAAGUCCGAUAAAGUUCGCACACGUCUAAGGAAGAUUACUAAGGAUAUUCAAAGCGAGAAGGCUCGCCUACGCCGAAAACGCAAAGAGCAAGUCAGAAAAGCUUGGACCCGGGAACAGGCUGUAACCGAUAUAGAGAGACAACUAGCUGGCAAGACAUUUGAGGAGCCACCACCCUCGCCAUCGGAUGGCAAUGCUCAUCCAGCCCAGAAACGCCUAUACGAAGCUUUAACAGCCCCAGCGACCAACACAGUUGAGUCCGAAUAUCAUCGCCGUAAUAAUGCAAUUCUCGCCGUCAUGUCUUACUGUUCCGUCCAAGAGCCACCCUUACCUCCUAUGACCAGAUACAAAGCGGUUACUGCUGAGAAAGAAGUCUCUGAUCUACACGACAACACCACAAAGGAUACCGCAAGUAGUGCUUUGGGUGAUGCAAUAACUUCAGUCUUUACUAAAAGCCGAACGGAGCGAAGUCGAAGGUGCUUUCUCUGUGUCGGUCGGGCCACCACUCUUCAGCCUCUCGAUCCGGCGAUUCAUGGGCUAAUCAAGCCUUACUACUCACCGGGGGACUUAAGCAGGCACUUCAAACGAUACCACCUGUCUAAUAUUCAACCAAACGAAAAGCUUCAUUGCCGCCUGUGUGAUGAGACGUUAGAUCAUAAGAUGCACUUGCAAAACCAUGCUGAGACAGUACACGGGACUGUAUCACAUGGAGGUUGAUCAUCGGCUUCACAUGGAAUAAUCGUUGAUCUAUGUGGCGAAGCCUUCUGUUUUCUCGGGAUUAUCUCUUUAAUGAGUUUUGCUUUGACUUUUAAGUCUACGAUGGAGAAUAUAAAAAGGCAAUUUACAUUAACCCUAAGCCUCAUCGACCACAAGAGCAACACCGAAGGCAGCCAAUGAAGGCUUAGGGAU